GAUUCAUUAAGGAAGGUCGGUUUCAUAACACAUCUCUUAUUAAUAACAAGCGCAACCCUAACCAUCUUGAUCUGUCAAAUAACCGUCGUGUUCGGUAGAGCCUGACCUUUGAUAGGUACAAUGCCUAUGUGAACCUGCGAUUUCGCCAAUUGCAAAGAGCCGGCUGUUCGUAAUCUCGGUGGUUGCAUAUUAUGCAACCGUCAUCUAUGUUCCGAACAUCUUCAGCAGGGUUUUCAUAAAUGUCCCAAAUGGGAGGAUGAAGAUAGAUACGACCCUGCGGCUCGAGUUGCUGAAGCAGAGGAACUGACGGGGUUGAUCAGUAAGAUCAACAUUCCUGCUCUGGCGGCUCAAGCCAGUUCCUUGCGUGGGGGAAUACCCUGUUCAAUUCCUCCACUUCAAUAUGACAGAGAAACACGGAGUUCUGUGAUGGGCGGCAUGAAUUAUCAUAUCGAGAUAUGUUUUGACGACGGAAUCAAAUGGAUAGCCCGUGUACGCAGAUUCAAUGCUACAUCGCCUCCGGAAGCACUGCGGGAUUAUAUAGUCCAGAGCGAAGUCGCAACUCUCAAACUUCUCGAACGAACCAGCGUACCUGCUCCGGAAGUAUUUGAUCUCGCACUGGAUAAUCCAGAUAACCCUGUUGGAGUCGGCUAUAUUCUAAUGGAAAAGUUACAUGAGAAGUCUUUAAGAUGGUCUGCUACAACGCAGGAACAGAGAAGAAAAGUGAUGGAACAGCUUGCCGACGUAUUCAUCGAGCUUAGCAGUUAUCCCUUCGAUCGCCUUGGUUCUCUCCAUUACCCGGGCGCGGGUGACAUCCAUAUUGGUGCGCUUGCUCGGGAAUCGCUUACUGAUUUUACGGAAUCCGGAAUGCGCACAAUGGGGCCGUUCUCGUCUCUGAAAGAGUACCACGAAUCUUCAAUCCGGCUCAUCUUAGACCUGAUUCUUCGCGGAGAAAUGUACUCAGAACAAGCUGUGGAUGCCUACCUGAUACACAGGUUUCUCCUUGAUAUAGUUCCCAUCGUGCUAUCGCAGUCGGUAGAGGAUGACGGAAAUUUUUACUUGAAGCACGCAGAUGAUAAGGGGGAUCACAUUAUGGUGGAUGAAGACUUCAAUAUUACCGGUAUAAUCGACUGGGAAUGGGCUCACACCGCACCUCCGAUACAUGCUUUUAACUCACCCAUCGGCCUCUUGCCAGUUGGUGAGUUCUAUCAAGGCAAGAAUAAUCUAGGCGGCGAUGAAAUUACCUUCGCGCACGUCUUAGAAGAAAAGGGGCAUACAGCUUUGGCAAAAUAUGUCUGGAACGGUCGGCUGCAGCACAGGUUUUCUUUCUGUUGCGGAUACGAUCUCGCGGACUGGGAUGGAUUUCUCGGCCUCUUCCAAGGACUCCGAGGUGCUGUAAAGGUAGACGAAGGUGUAGAUUGGAAUGGCUGGAAAAUGGCUGCAUUGCAUCGCUAAAGGGGCCACCAGCUUACAGCUCUUAUUACGUAGGAAUGAAAACUCGGCUUCUGAGCGCUGAAGGGCUGUCAUAUCUAUCUCAGGAGACUCUGAGUUUAUCAGGCCGCAGCCACUCAUAAAAAGCUUUCGCCAAGUUCUCCAAUUCCUCCAUUAACUGAACACAGUCACAUUUCACUCACAAGAACCAACC